CAUUUGUGGCCUUUUCCCCACGCGCCGCCUCCGCUCCCUAAACAUCCACCGCUCGACCAUGACCACAUCGCACCCACAUCUCACAGGUCUCUUGGGUACAUAAACACUCAAGAGCAACCACCCUGCCGCCCGCCCCAUCACUGCUCCUUAUCGCAAACCCACCGCUUCUAUCUCAACCCGUCGUUGCAUAGCUCAAAAUGAACGCACUAGCAAGUCUCAUCGACAAGACCCUCAAGACCCCCAGCGGCCUCGACACAACCUCGGGUGCAAACCCGUCCAACAACCCCGACCUUCUGGCCGACCCGUCUGGCGAAAAGAUGAAGGCCCUCAUCUGGCAUGCCAAAAACGACGUGCGCGUGGGUGAGGCUCUCAAGCCCAAACUAGUUGACGAUCACGACAUUAUUUUGCGAAUCACUGGGUCGACCGUCUGCGGUUCCGACAUGCACCUUCUGCACGGCGCCAUCCUCGAGAUGCAGUCGGGCGAUAUCCUAGGACACGAGGGGAUGGGCGUGGUCGAGGCGGUCGGCUCGGCAGUGACGAAACUGAAGGUCGGCGACAGGGUGGUUGCGGGAUUCAACGUGGCGUGCGGAACGUGCUUCAUGUGCCGGCAGAAGCUGUCAUCGGCUUGCGUUAGGACAAACGACUCGGCGUUGAUGAAUUCCAUGUACGGGCAUAGGUCCUGCGGAAUGCUGGGAUACUCGCAUUUCACUGGGGGUUUCGCUGGAUGUCAAUCUGAGUACACGCGCAUUCCGCAUGGAGACGCGAACUGCAUCAAAGUGCCGGACUCUGUCCCAGACGAGGAAGCGCUCUACAUCUCCGAUAUCCUGGUCACCUCAUUCCACCAAGUGUCAGACGCGGGUGUGAAGGAAAAUGACAUUGUCGGGAUCUGGGGCUGUGGCGCAAUUGGCAUAAUGGGAGCCGUCUGGUCAGCGAUUCGGGGCGCGAAACACAUCAUCGUGAUUGACAACGUGCAGUGGCGGCUGGAUCACGUCGUGAAAGUGAUCAAACGGGACUAUCCGACCGUUCGCAUUGAAUCCAUCAACUUCGAUGAGCACAAGGGGGUGCAGGCGCGGAUUGUCGAACUCACGAAACCGGGGGUUGACGGACGCGACCCGACUCGUCCUGCCGGUCUGGAUGUUGCGCUCGAGUGCGCUGCUGGUGAAUACGCAAAGGGGUUUGCGCACAAGGCGGAGAUCGCGCUCGGGCUCGAGACGGACAGCUCGGAGAAUUUGAAUGAGAUGAUCACAAGCACCAUCUCCUACGGCACCGUCGCCCUUACCGGCGUUUACGGAGGGUUCACAAACCACCUGAACAUUGGCAGCCUCAUGCAGCGCGGAAUCCGGUUCAUCGGAAACGGGCAGUGCCCGACGCACAAGUACAUGCAGCAUGUCAUGGACGAGUACAUUGUCACUGGCAAGGUCAAGCCGACGCAACUGUUCGUUUCUCAUCGGAUCAACAUUGACGACAUUGCAAAGGCGUACUACAAGUUUGACAACCAUGACUCGGACCUGAAGAUUAUCAAACCGUUCGUAGCCACAAGGUUCUCCAACCCGCCUUCGCCUGGCGCGCCGCAGCUCACGGUCCUGUAGAAAAGACGUGUAUAUAGGGUUAUAUGAGACGUUUGUAUGUAGCUGUAUCUUUUGCAUUGCGUUCUUUUUGGCGAGUGUUCUGGUCAUGAUUGUCGGCUAUACGCCAUCCGGGCGAGGGUCUCUAACGAAUUUGGUGUUGUAAAACAACCUGUUUCAGCCACAGCUUCCUUUUAUAGUACCGUACCCCUUUUUCUCUCUGCAGUUAGAAAGCUGGUGUGUGCAGACCGUCCGAUCGAAUGUCUAUAAAACGAGUGGUGUGUGUGAAGGGGAAUAAAAAGUAACGAGUUCCACAACA